GGUGGGUGGGGGGGCUCUGUGUAAACGGACAAGUCCUUUGUGAGCAGAGGCCACGGAAAAUGGAUGUAGAAAUGGAUCCCAAUCGCCUUUUUCAACAAUGGGAAGAAACGUACCAUGUCGGCUUGUUGACUACGAAAGAAAUAGUAUCAUAUCUUCAGAAUAUUGCUGGAAAGUUCGUGUCACCGCCUUCGCCACGACCCGAUGAAGCCAGACAUGAUGCGGACGUGCAGCUACCAAAUCUGCAGCAUGCAGAGAAUGAGGCACACGGUAAUAAUAUCUUCUUGGCCGGUAACGCCGUGUUUGACGAACCAGGUGCUCGAGCAGCUACCGUCUCCUUAAUGGAACGCUUCAUCUGCGGCUCGGAUCCAGAAGAGUUUUUGGAAAAAAUUAAACAUACCGACACAGUGUCCUCCGUGUGUGGACGCGUUUUUAAAAUCGGCGAACCAACUUACAGCUGUCGCGAAUGUAGUAUGGAUCCAACAUGUGUGCUAUGUUCCACAUGUUUCAAAAAAUCAGUACAUCGUACACAUAAAUACAAAAUGGCUACUUCCGGUGGCGGUGGUUGCUGUGAUUGCGGUGAUGUAGAAGCUUGGAAGAGGUUUCCAUUCUGCGACGAGCACGCUUGCAUUUCCGAUAAUAAGGCACAGGAUGAUCAACAGCAGGUGCCCUUGUCGGAUGACAAAAAGACGCGCUGUGGAAUUGUUUUUCGUGCUAUACUGGACUACUGUAUGCAAACGCUACAGAUGCAUGGCUCGGGAGAUAUUUCCGAGUGGGAGAAUUACGAAAAUUCAUACUGCACGAUUUUGUACAAUGACGAAACGCACACUUUUGAGCAGGUUAUCCAAACGUUAACGUCAAUAGUGAAAUGCGAGCAUAAGACUGCGAUCGAAUUCGUGACCAGUAUUGACCGUGAAGGACGCGCCGUUGUUAAAUGUGCCUCGUUUGAGGUGUGCAAAAAGCUUAAGGAAGAUAUCGAAAAUAAAGCGAUGCGUUCGACCAUGGCCAGUCGAACAUUACCGUUAAAAGUUACGGUCAUGCAUCGCAAUGAGGUUGCCUGCCAGCACUUAGCAAUGCAAAUGCUUGGAUGGUUUCAGGAGUUCCUGACAAAACACUCUUCCUUCCGGAAAAUUUUUACCGAUACGAUCACGACACCACAAGGGACGUAUAAUUUGAAGUUCAUCCUCAGUAAUGAUCACAACUUGUGGAAGUCAGCACGAACAUCCUGGCAUCGGCUGCUAAUUUCUGGGAUGCUGAUGGACUAUGACAACAAAAAACUGCUAGCGAUAACAUUUACCAAACUAUAUGCUUCACUAAUGCAAGAUUUCAUCAGAGAUGAUCACUACCAUUCAUUCUCGAUUGUCUCGCUGAGUGUGCAGUUGUUCACAGUGCCAACGAUUGCACACUAUCUAAUCGAAAAAGAGUCAGCGUUCUUUAAACUGCUGCAUACAUAUUUCUCGGAGGCCAUCGAUAAGUAUGUCAAAAAUCGGCAGUUGGUGUUUAUAAAAAAUACGUCAACGAUGAACGCAUUCAAGCGAGCUUCCUACAUACUGAUCGAUCUGAAGUAUCUGCUCAGCUUUAAACCCGACAAAUGGACAAAUGAACUGCGUACCGGAUUCGUACAUGGAUUGCAGCAGCUGAUACGCCUGCUUAAGUAUAUGCAAGGAAUGGAUGCGGCGACCCGUCAGGUAGGCCAACACCUUGAGUACGAGCAGGAAUGGGAAACGGCUUUCACACUUCAUCUGAAGCUGUCGCAUUUGAUUACGCUGGUACUGGAAUGGUGUGCUACGGAUCGCAUCGUACUUGGCAAAGUUUUUCGCAUGGUAAUGUCAUCUCUGAGCGAUACUAAAUUCAUCGCUCAAGAAUCCGAAACGGUAGUGCGAACCGUAGGUGAACAUAGUGCCUCGUGCUUGACGUACGAUGUGCUAUCCAGACCAGUUUCUGUACACCUGCCGUUGACACGGUUCCUAGCUGGGCUUUACACCGUUUUCGAGCGACACGAUUUUACAUUCGAUUCCUUUGCACCAAGCACCGCCGACUAUCCUACACCGGAGCAAAUUAUCGAGCCAGUGCUUUGCGCUCGUACCAUGAUGUCCCAGGUGCACGCAGGCAUGUGGCGCCGUAACGGGUACGCAUUGAUCAAUCAGCUGUUUUUCUAUCGCAACGUCAAGUGCCGGUAUGAGAUGCUUGAUCGCGAUAUUGUCAUCCUGCAGAUAGGUGCCUCGCUGAUCGAGGCAAACAAGUUCAUCAUACACGUGCUGAACAAAUACAAGUUGAUCGAAUGGCUGGAUAAGGAUGUGCAGGAAAGACCACGCAGUGCAGAGGCAAGCGGCGGUGACGAUGAUUAUAUCCGUCAAGUAGGUGUACUAGUCGAAGAGUUCCUUGAAUUGCUAAUCGUGAUUAUCGGCGAACGUUAUGUACCCGGCGUUGGUGACGUGACCGAGAGUGAUCGAAUUAAGAAGGAAAUUGUACAGCAGUUGUGCAUCAAGCCACACUCACACUCCGAGCUGAGCCGAGCAUUGAACGAAGAUAACUGUAGUGAAAUAAUGUUCGAGUCCGUAAUCAACGACGUCGCUGUGUUCGAGAAGCCGAAUGACGCUGAAAAAAGGGGCAUGUACAUACUGAAGCAAGAGUACUACAGCUGGUACAAUUUGUACUUCUACCACUACAGCAAGGAGGACAAGUCAAAAUCAGAGGAACGACAACGAAAUCAAAAGAAGGAAAAGAAUGAACUGGUUUGUUGUCCUCCACCUGCACUACCAAAGCUGACCCAACUAUUCAACAAUAUUCCUAAUCUCCUGCAAUGUGACGUAAUGGUAAAGAUUAUACAAAUUAUUCUGGGACGUGCGCUUGAUUUACAAUCAUUGACCUUUACCGAAGGACAACUGCAAAGAGUGUUACAUUUGAUAGGAUAUGCCAUUCAAGAGGAAGAGUCAGGACACUAUCCAUUCAUGAAAUUUUACGAAAGAAGUCAAACCAUCAAUCUUGUGACGCUGUUAGAAGAUCUCUCCAAAAGUCCAAGGGUUGAAUCUCUGCGGGACCUAUUACGUUGGACUAUUCAGCGCUAUAAAGCGAUGGAGGCAAAACACAUGAGCUUGAUUCAGAGUGAGAUUGACCGAGCUGAGUCAAGUAGCAGUGGGCUUUCGUCUGUAGAUGCGGAUCGUUUGGAAAAAGAAGAACGCGCUAAGCUGGCCGCAAAAAGGCGCGCACAGGUAAUGGCACAGAUGCAAAAAGCGCAACAAAUGUUCAUGACCACGCACCCGGAUAUGUUUGAGAACGAAAACGAUGAAAUGAUCGAGCCGAAGGAAGGUGAACCUGUUGCCGAAACCGAUAUGGACUGGCAGACGUCAAGCGAACAUUUGGUUGCCCUCGGACCGAAGCGAACCCCAUUACGGCCUGCUGAUACGGCCGCGUUGCGAUAUUCGUGUAUUCUCUGCUCGGAAAAGACCGUGCUGGGCACAUACGAAUCCGUCAGCAUGGUGUAUGCCGCAUUCGUGCAACGUUCAAGUGUUCUGUCGCGCUACACGCAGACGGACGAGCAGGGUAUACUUCGGCUGAUCGAAACGGCAACUCAUCCAUCUCCACAUCUUACAACCUGUGGACACGUAAUGCAUUCGACAUGUUUCGAUAAAUAUUUUAACAACGAAGUAAUCAAGGAAAAUCGACGCCCUUAUCGUAACCGUGCCCCGAUACUGUUUGACAUCGAGAAGAAUGAGUUUUUAUGUCCGUUGUGUCGUUUUUUGAGCAAUUGUUUGUUGCCACUUAUACCACCGCAUGAAACAAUCACCAGCAGUGCAAAGGCGCGUGUGGAUGCGGCGGUUAAGGCGGCCGGAUUCAAUGAGAUUCCCGAAUCACCGGUAACCCAUCCUAAUGAUUUUAAUUUUCCACUGUGGUACUCGUUCACGUCGGAUUUCAUGCGCCUCGCGUUAGACCGUGUCGAACAGGCGGAAUACAAUUACGCCGCUCUCCGGAAUGUAGUUCGCCGUGAACGACGCGCUUAUUAUCGCGCCAUGAGCUACGGAGAACAAGAAAAUGAACCAAUGAGUCUUGAGCAGGAGACGCCUGCAAAUAAUGUCGUGGUGCUACCGGUACAAGACGAAGAAUUGGAUGCUUCAGCGGACCAGGCCGACGAGCAACAACAGGGAGAACAGCAACAGGACCAACAGCAACAGGACCAACAACAGCAGGCCGAACAACAAGUCGAACUACAGCAGCAGGGCGAAGAACAAACUGAUGAUGACUCUAUAGAUGGAUAUGAAACUGACGAUCAAUCGUCAACGGAAGAUGACGUGAACUAUAGCGACGAUGACAUGGAUUGGAUUAGGGUUCCACCUUCGCACUUGACCACGUCGGUGCUAAAGGAAGCAGAACCGAAACAUGGUGUGCGUUUGCGAUACUACGGAACAUUACGUGAUCCACCAUUGGUAGGUCGGCUUUUCGAUCGCACUAUUAAAUACGCACUGCUCACCUUUGCCAAGAACGUGCGAAGCUUCACAUCGGUACCGUACAAGGCAAAACGAUUCGCUGAAUAUCUGGCACCGUGGGUGACCCUUUCGUAUACGAUCAAAUCGAUCGAGAUGCAAUUACGCGUACUAAACCUUCCUUUGGGUACUGAACUGUCGAUUCGCUACUCCACUUGUCUCAGAGGAUUGGUACGAGCUGCCUGUGCGAUGGGUCCUCUAGUACCGACGGUGCUGGUGCAGCACCGUAUGCUACUGUUCAUGGCCGACAUAUACGAAACUCUAUACGGACACACGCCAUCACAGUCCUUCUUCGAUUGGGAUCUGUUUGGAUUACUCAAUACGUGUCUGUUCACGACGCGCUCCGUGCUCUACAGUUUUGUGCGCCCGCAACGCAUCCCGAAGGGCGACGCACUGGAUCAUUCGAUUGUGCUGGCCGUUUUUAUGGUUAACAUGCUGCGCACCAUUAUAACAUCAGUGACCGGUAUCAAUCCGCCGAUGGCAUCGUCGGAUGCCGAACAUCAUCCGGAUCAGCAACAGAAUGAAGAUACUAUAACGCCUCUCACGGAUGCCGAGCGUAAUUUACUGCUGUUGUUCCAACAGUACAACAUUCACCAGCCACAUCCGGACGAGAAGGCUUCAAAUGCUACUACCGACCGGAAUGCAGGCGAUGGCGGUAGCAUCACCAUUACCGUCGGUGGUUCUGUCGCAGAACAAAAACGGCUUUGCAAGCUCUUGGUGAACGAUAUCAAGACACAAAGCCAUACGCUGCUACGAUGCUGCAGUCUUCUAUUCUACGGGAUUACCGAUAUUACGCUGCCCCAGUGCACCGACGUGCCGGAACAUGAUUACCACCCGAUGAUGACGUACCUGGAUUUGCAGGAAGAUCCGCUUGUCUAUUUGAAUGCUGGCCAAAAGACGUUUGAGUUGAUUGAACGUUUGGCGUUCUGCAAUUCCGAUCAGAUCAACCGAAUGCGCUAUGCGCGACAGGCCCAUCUUCUCGGUGAACCAAGAGCCCUGUUCCAGGCAGCACCACCCGUCCGCCGGCUAAUCGAUCUGCCGGAAGAUUAUAGCGAUUUAAUCAACAGCGUUUCUCUGUUCACCUGCCCGAACAAUAUCCGAGAUGACUCGCGAAACCCGACUAUGUGUCUCGUGUGUGGUGUCAUUCUGUGCUCGCAGUCAUUCUGCUGCCAGAAGGAGCUCGACAACAGUUCAGUCGGUUCGUGCACGUACCACACGGCCGAGUGUGGAGCUGGCAUCGGAAUCUUCUUGCGCAUACGGGAUGCCGAAAUAUUGUUGCUGGGCAUCAACAAGGGUUGCUUCAUUCCCGCCCCAUACGUCGAUGAGUACGGUGAAACGGAUCAGGGAUUACGCCGUGGUAAUCCCCUCCGCUUAAGCAUGGAGCGCUACCAGAAGCUGUAUCACAAGUGGCUUUCGCACGGCCUGCACGAAGAGAUUACGCGGCGCAACGAACAGCAGCAAACAAUAUUUGCUACACAGUGGCAGAACCUUUAAAAAGAAGUACCGGGAAAGUAUAGUACAGAGGAAAAAGCGAGCGAUAGAUGGUAGUGAGCUUUUGUUUUACGUUAAACGAAGAAGGGCAGGAGUUUGACGGUGUUAUUUAAAAACGCACACCAUUUAGCGGGAUAUGUGUUGAGUUCAACCAAAUGAACCGGCGAAGAAAUGAGCAGAUUGUAGCCGAUGUUUGUGUGCAUGUUUUUUGUACUAUUGAAUGUAUAUAUUUUAUUAGUAGCGAACGUAACUACGAACCAGGCUACUUAUAAAAAAAAUGUAUUUAAUAAAGCAAAAAAACACAAAAAUGAGAAAAAGAAAAAAAAAGGAGGACCUUAGUUCACGGUGUCAAAGGGCACGAAUAACUAAUAGGUUAUUCGUAUAUAUAAACAUAUAUUCGAUACAGGAUCGAUAGUAUAGUAAGGAUGAACUCACAAAUCGGAGGUUUUGGAAAGAGGACAAGUUAAAAGCAGGAUUCAAAAUUCUCUUUGAAUUUGUUAUGUAGUCAGCGAGAACAAACGGUCUUACAAGAGAGCAGGAAACAUCUGAAUACCGUGCGCAAGAUAAGUUAAAGAACGGACAAGAAAAGAUGUUAGAAGAAAGAAGAAGAGAGCUAGGACGAGUAAAGUUGUUUUGUGGAAAGAGGGAGAGGAGGGGGGGGAAUGGGUUGAUGGAAAAGAAGGACAAGACUGAAGCAAAAAAACUAGACCCAUACAAGAGAUGGAUCAAAGCAUUUGUCUAGAUUUUUCUUUUUCCAUAAUCCAUAUCGUUGCUUAUUUUGUUUUACGUUGUGUCCUCGCUUUGGUUUUCCUUCUUUGGAAAUUUGUUUUGUUUCCGUUGCUAAACUGUUUGGCUUAUGUUUGAUGUUACACUCAAGAAAAACAAAUAAAAAAUGUUAAAUGUAUAAUUGAAAAAAAAAUGAAUGAAUGCAUAUUAGCAUUAAAGAGUGACAAUAUCACGCUUUUAUGUAACAUAGAGAGAGACAGAGAGCACGAGAAAGGGAGUAGGAGGAGAGUCUCCCAAUGGAAAUAAAUAGUAUCGAACAAAACGUGA